CGUUUUGACUAAUUAAAUUUACUGUCCGGUAUAGUUAUUUUGUAACGAGCGCGCGACUGUCAAACAAAAACAACAACAAAACCAAUGAAUAAACAACACCAAGAGGUGCAGGUGUGGCUGGAGGGGAUGUUUGGUGAUCAGUCUGUGCCUGCCUAUGAGCUCAACAAGUUUACAGUGGACACCCUGGCAGAAAUCAUGCGUAGAAACAAGCGGGCAGAGAAACACAACCAGCUCCUCAUACAUGACCACAGGCAGAAGGCGGAUGAGUACACCGCUGAAAGUGUGAGGCUGGGUGGGAUCCUAGAGAGUAUUGGUAUGACAAGCACUAGUCUCUCCCAGUCUGGCCUCAUGAGUCUCCGAACACUGGCCAAUCUUGCUCUUACUCUCAACACCGUGGAUGCCUCAGAGACCAGUUUCCUGCUAGCACUAGGUCAGCUGGAGGAAGAACUCUGUCGUGUGGACGAGGCACGCAGAGCCCUCCAGAAGUCCAUACUCUCCCUCACACGUAACAUACACAUAGGCAGGCUCAAACAUGCAGAUCUCACAAAGGCGUUGGGGGAGCUUGAGCGGCGGUCUGUGGAGGACCAUGGGGAGAUGGAGAGACAUGCACGGGAAACACAGUUCAUACGCAACAAGGCCAAGGAGUACCGAUCGCACACACACAAGAUGGAGGGUAUGUUGGAGAGGACGGGGGUCGAGCCUGAGGUCUAUCACCAGGCACUCACAGAGCGGGCUCAGGCGUUGGAGCGGUUGAAGCAGGAGAUUGUCCCUCUGAAGAAGAAGCUAGACUCUUACCAUGGCCUUGUACCGGAUGCCAUCCAAGCACACAUGAGACUAGAUGAACUCAAGGAACAAGUGGGUGACCUGGAGGAGGAGUUACGGGGGAAAAUAGAUCUGAUGCAGGUGUGAGGUCCCAGCUGAAAGACCAGAGGAGGUCAAACACUGAAUAAAUUGGACAUGUGUGAUGUUUGUCAAGCAGAUGGGGGAGAGACUGGCUGAUAGAAGAAUACAACAGCCACCUCGAACACUCCAAUCAGCCAUUGUCAUGUUACUUUACAUGUACUUAGGACUGUAAAUAAUUACAGAAUGUGUUCUGUAAUAUGGUGCCAACAAUUAUGAAAUGUGAACAACAAAUACUGAAAAGGUUUAUAAGCUCUUUGGAUUAGAAUUGAGUGUUUUAUUGAACAGAUCAUGUGCUAGUUUUUGAAAUGACUCAAUUGUCUUUUUGGUAUUUGAUAGAUCAUUAUGUGAGUGCUUUCAGUUGCACUGUGAUGUUAUACAUACGAAAAGAUGUUUCGGAAUUGAAUAAAUUUGUUAUUAUCUUUUGUGUAUAUAUUUGAUAUUAAAUCACUUUUCUACAUAUGCAAUAAAACAAAUCUGU